CUGUGAUUCGGCAGCCGAAGGCAAUUCAGCUGGUUCCUUGGUUUCUUCGCGGCAGCCAGCACCGAGAUACGAUGCUCUCCAACAGCAUUGUUAUGAAUGGCCACACAGGUCCCAGCACCACAGCAGCGAAUGAGCCCAACCUUCCUCCGGAGAAGCGGAAAAAUAAAAGAAUAGUCCGGCGAAACGAGACAUUAAGAAGCAAUUUAGUGAAGAGCGGGCUUCAGUUCAUUGACAGAUUUGUGGAGUUGCUGAAGGAAACGGAGGAUGCACCCAAGGACACCCAAAAAAAAUACCUGCAAAAGAUGCUGCACGCGAUAUUCUUCUUCGGACGAAUACAUAAAACUCCCAUAGAGCCCAGAGAGUUUUUACCUGAGCCUUAUCAAGAUGCAUUCAGACGUCUCUACCCAGCCCCAUUUGAGCAGUGUACAAUGCACCUUCCCACCAAAACACCUUACUCCAUCCUUCUUGAUUACGUGACAGAAGUGAAACGUUUCACUACCCCCAAGGAGCUAAUGAGCUUUCUGCAGAGCUUUAAUGUGCAACUGUGGAAUCAAUCACCGGAGGAGGGACCUCAUGCGCUGGAUGCCACUAAGUUCACCUUUACAGCCUCAGUUAUCGCUUGCUGCUUCUACGAUGGUCCCCAGGGUGGCGCUGACCACCACCGCUUCUAUGGCGCUUCCCUCUCAUCCUACGCCACCUCCUGA